GAAUGCCACGGCGCAAUCGACGAGGCUACAGGCGAGUACAAGUACUACAUGGUCCUGGAGGCUCCCUUCAUGCCUCCAUGCCUGCGCGGCACCCUCGGCAAUGUGACCGGCUACAGGGGUCGCAAAGGUGGCGAAGCCUGCAGCGAGGAGCAGAGGAGGCUGGAGGAGGCUCUGGUCGUGAGCUCCGCGACUCAGGGUCGGGUGCUUCGAGGCAGUGGCUGCCCUGGGCACGCCGUCUUUGAGGAUGUCAGGACUGGCCGCCCUGCCGGCACCAAGAAACUCGCGGUCAGACAGCUCCAAACCUGCGGCUCAGCCUGCGGCGCUUGCGCUGCUUGUGGCACUGCCUGUGGAGCCUGUGGCGCAGCCUGCGGUGCUGCCUGCGGCUCAUGUGGCACUUUCCUGGGCACUUGCCCGGUUGGCGGGGCCUGCGGAGCAUGCGGUGCGUGUGGGGGUGGCUGCGGAGCAGCUUGCGGCACGGCAUGCGGCACGGCAUGCGGCACUGCAUGCGGCACGGCAUGCGGCACGGCAUGCGGCACGGCAUGCGGCACGGCGUGCGGGGCAGCCUGCGGUGCAGCAUGCGGAGCUUCCUGUGGAACAGCUUGUGGUGCAGCCUGCGGUGCCGGCUGCGGAGCCACGUGCGGCACAGCCUGCGGAGCAGGCCGCAGGCUGGCCUGCGGUGCAUGUGGUGCUUGUGGCGCAUGCGGUGCCUGCGGUGCAUGCGGUGCAUGUGGCGCCUGUGGAGCCUGCGGAGCUUGCGGAGCAGCCUGCGGUGCCUGUGGCACCUGCGGUGCCUACCAGUCUCACGCAGAUGCACAAGGGCGUGGCGCUCAGCCUGUCGCAGUGCAACUUGAACGGCUACAACAUCGUGAUCGACCAGAAGCAGGACAUUUUCAACAUGUUUUUAGCAA